UUAAUAUUUGUUUUUAAAGUUUUUUUUAUGUUUAACAGACAAACUCCUAGUUAGUGUUUCUUUUGUCAAUAUGAUUAUCAAAGAAUUUCGCAUCGUCUUACCAAUCAGUGUGGAAGAAUAUCAACUCGCUUAUCGUUGGUCUGUCACUGAAGCCAAUAAGAAUGAAACUGGAGGUGGAGAAGGUGUAGAAUGGGUUAUAAAUGAACCAAGAGAAAAUGAUGAGCAUGGAAAGCAUCAGUACACUCACAAAAUAUAUCAUUUGCUAUCAAAAGCACCGUCUAUUAUAAGAAAGCUGGCACCAAGUGGAUCUCUCCAAGUACAUGGAAGAUCAUUCAACGGGUAUCCAUAUUGCAAAACCAUAAUUACUAACGAGUAUAUGAAAGAUAGUUUCCUUGUUUCAAUUGAAUCAAAACAUGUGUCAGAUUUUGGAAAAAUAGAAAAUAUUUUUGGUCUCUCUAAAGAUGAUCUGGAUAAAAGGCAAGUGAUAAACGUUGACAUUGUGAAUAACCCAGUCGACUCAAGAUAUUACACAGCAAAUACAGAUCCGAAAGAAUUCACAUUUUCAAGAGAUGGAAUUGCAAGGGGACCUUUGGUGGAAGAUUGGAUGGAGAAACUGAAACAAAAGGAUUCAGCCCAACCGCACAUGUGUGUAUAUAAACUUGUCAAAUGUAAUUUUAUGUGGAGGGGGUUGCAAGAGGUCAUGGAAAAUAUGAUAAUGAAAUUUUACGGCCGACUGUUUCUCAAUUUCCAUCGCCAAGUUUAUUGCUCAAUGAAGGAAUGGUAUGGUGUUGGUAUGGAUGAUGUGUUGACAAAAGAAGAGAAAACCAAGGUUGAAUUAAAUGAAAUGAGAAAUAUCGGAACUGUACAAGGGAUGACAGAAAAAUGAAGUGCGCCGAAGUAUUGUAUAUUGCAUCAAAAUAUAAUCUCAUUCAAUUUCAACCUCCAAACCCAUAGCAAUUUAGCACACCAUUUCCAGUAAUCGUGUUCAGCUGGGCAAAAAAAACUCUCCAGUUUUAAAAUAAGAAUGUUACUCUAAGCAUUUUGGAUUGCAAAUUCUUGUUGAAUAACACUGUUUUCUGCACUAUCAAACUGCAUAUUCACCGCAUUAUUAUAAAUAAUGUUUUAGGGCUUGUGACUGAUGUAGUUUUUCGCAUGAUGUAUUAUACAUAUACAUACAGUAUAUCUAACAAGGCUCGCAAUAUAUUUUAUUAACUUGUAAUUUGCUCUUGCCACGGUGACUAGUAUUUCAGGGUGUGUGGUGCUGAGGGUCGCAAUAAGUGUAUGGGUCUUGUUCAGACACAAGAAUGUCUGAACCAUAAAACAGAAGAAAUCGGCUAAACGUUCUCUUUAUUAUAAGCAACAAGCUCGCGUAAACAGUGUUUUUCUUUUGGCCAGUUUAUGAUUUUGAAACCCCGUUUGUUGUGUCGUAACGGGAGUAAUUCUUUCUUUGAAUGAAAAUUUAAAUUUGUAGGAUUGUUUUAACGACUAGUCUACUAAGUUGAAAUUAAUGGUAUUAAUGGCAUCGACAAAUCGUAAUUUUUCUCCUAAUAGGAGCGCAAUGGUUUUCAACGCCCCGAAAUAAAAAGAUAAUUGAAUAAGAUUUUUCGGUCUUGUAGCAAUCUUAUUAAACUCGUAAGACUAACCAUGUAAAUUUAUCCAAUAAUAACUCAGAGAAUCCCGUUUCCAUUCAUCGAUCGUUGAAACAUGAGCAUCUGAUUUGUUUCUUUCAGAAAUACGAACUUUUAGCAAUCACUUACUUUUUGUAUUAACAUUGAUGUUAUUUCGCAAAACAGCUUACUUUGUACGAAAUUAUGAGUGUAAAGUAUAAACCAUAAACAUUGCAUAUUAGCUCGUAGUGCAAUUGUGUGUUAUCGUGCUUUGGUAUUUCAGAAGAUUUCAACAUAACCGUUGAAAUGAAUCAAGUCUGUUGCAGUAUGCUUUGUCCUUUAAAAUUUUAAAACAUUUUAUAAAGUAAAUUUUGACUUCCGUAGUAUAUAUACAUUGCAUUUUAGAUUGUUUGUUUUCAUGGAAAACGUUUGUACGUGUUCACACCCUACUAUUCUUAGAACCAAAAUCGUUUCCGUGCACUUUUUCAAUGCUAUUGUCAAUAUUUCAAUAAAAAAUGCAAAAAGUGA